AUGGAUAUCGUGCAACAACUCGAACAGAAUCCCCAUGGGGAGGUUAUCAAAUGCAUUGACAUGCACACUACGGGCGAGCCGACCCGCAUCAUCUACUCCGGGUUCCCUCAUCUUACCGGCACCCUCCUGGAGAAGAGAGACCAAGCCAAGAGCCAAUACGAUAAUAUCCGCAAGCGCCUCAUGCUCGAGCCACGCGGUCAUUAUGCCAUGUACGGCGCCAUCAUCAUUCCGGAGACAGAGCUCGUUCAGUCGGGUGAGGCGCACGUUGGUACAUUGUUUACGCACAAUGGAGGAUUCUCCACAAUGUGUGGACAUGCCACGAUUGCGCUGGGCCGAUUCUUGGUUGACACUCAUGACUUGAACGUGUUUCCGCGACGCGAUGAAUUAAAGCCAGACCUAAACACCCGCGAGGUGAAGGUCAACCUCCAUGCACCGUGUGGCCUUGUGCGCGUGGUGGUUCCAACUACCGCAGAUGGACAGAAAUCGGAUCCAUCUCGUUCAGUCACAUUCCUCUCAACACCGGCGUACUGCGCCGCGACAAAUUUGGAGGUACCUAUCCCGCCUGAAGUGAGAUGGCCGGAGCUGGGCGACAAACCCUCGAUCAAUAUCGAUAUUUCGUAUGGUGGUGCUUACUAUGCAUUGGUGGAUAUCCAUGAGCUUGGAUUCAAUGGACUGCGCAAUUUCGACUUCGAAGCUGUGACGGUCGCCGUGAAAAGGCUCAAACGCCAUUUGGUUACUCUACCCAAUGUAUCUGAAGCAUUGCAGCAUCCAGAAGAUAAGAGGCUGUCUUUCCUGUACUCUGUCAUGGUCACAGAUCUUUCCAUCGGACAUCAGCCCAAUGGCGUUGACGGAGCUGAGACUGGCCUUUGCUUCUUCGCUGAGGACCAAGUUGACCGAUCCCCGACCGGCUCUUGUGUGGCUGCACGUAUGGCUCUGGCUCAUGUAAAGAAGACAAGAACGACGAAUCAGCCCUGGGCAUACAACUCACUCGUCUCAAAUCAAUUCAACACCGGAGCCUUUGCGGCAACGAUUGUUGAGGAUAAUAUUCGCAUUGAAGGCGAGAAUAGCCAGUCGCGACAAGGAGUCAUCGUUCGUGUCGAAGGCAAAGCUUAUUAUACCGGUACAAUGACCUUCGUUGUUGAAAAGGACGAUAUUACAAGUGAGAGCGGGUUUGUUUUGCAAGCUUGUACAUAG